AUGCCGUACGUGUCGCUGGUGAUGCUAGGCGUGCAGGCGGUCGGAUACAGCAUGCCCCUGAUCACCAGCGCCGAGGCCCUGUUUGCCCGCAUCGCCGCAGGCUCCGACGACGUCGCCGUGCCGCCGUGGUACGAGGUGGGCAAGAGCAGCCUAUAUUGGACCAUCGACUGCAUCAUCAAGAUCCUCAUCCUCGCCGCGUUCCUGCUGAUGCUCCGGCUGGCGCAGAAGGUGUGGCGGUCGUGCAUCCGGCUUCUGACGGCGACAACGGCGGCCGGAAGAAGGAAGCGGCGAAGGACAAGGCCAGUGAAGAAUGUGGAGGAGGUGGAGAGCUAG